GAUCCCUCCCCUCCGGGUCCUCCCCAGCCCCUGACUGCUCCUACUUGUGUUUCAGCCAACUCUGGCAGCUCUCCCCCGGCCACCUCGGCGCCAGCACCCCUGGUGCCUGGCUGGGGCAUCGCCCUGCUGGUCCUGGUCUGCAUCCUGCUGGUGCUGAGCAUCCUCAUCUUCAUCCUGCUGAUCGUCUGCUCAUACCGCAGGAGGAACCGCGGGAAGCUGGAUCUGCUCAGCUCACAGGCCUCGUACCAGCCCAUGAACGAGUACCCCACCUACCACACCCACGGGCGCUUCAGCGGCCCCGGCAAGAAGCAGAAUCCCUACAGUGAC